AUGUUUUGCUGCGUCCUGGAUGCUACCAAAUCUUCCCAUGAAACUCGGCAGAAUGGUGAUGACAAGGGGAAUAUAUGUGUCCUUAGAACUGCUCACCAGUUGCUUCUGUUCAACAAUCAGACUCAAAUGCCAUUGGACGCAAAGCAUCUUACCAUUUAUUUAGAACUUGGCUACACGGCGUCAUUCAUUGCAAAACUGACGGGGGUUCACGUUAAGAAAGAUGAACCUGGGAGAGUCACACGAGAACCCGAUGAUUGGGACCGAUCUGUUCAUACGAUUCCCGCUGUGGAUGUCCCUGCUUUUUCUUGCCCAUUGACGGCUGAACAGUUAUUCGAGUUGGAGAGGCGCAUCAGAAAAGAAAAUAUCGAUCUAGACAACUUACACAUCGAAUACCAAGAAGUGAAAAACUAUGUAUUGAGUUCAAUUGAUUAAUUGAACCGUUCUUAUUUAAAAUUUGUUGCGUUGCCAAUUCAAUCCACUGAAUGUGAAAUA